AUGAGACUUUUCAUAUGCUUCCUACUAAUUUUGAAAAUCUCCGUUUCCAAAACUUCAAAUAUUCGAGUUACAACAACUAUAAAAUGCGCGAAUUCAACAAAUUUCGAUUUUCAAUUAAUUAUGUGGGAGAUUGAUGAAUAUCCAAGAGAAGAUGAUCAAAUUUCAAAAGCCAGUGGACAAGCGACUGGAAAUAUCAGUGUGAUUUCAGAGGGAAUUUUGAAAAAUGAUAAUUUUUCGGAUCAGGUUUGCUUUUGGGAAUAAACUACAGUAGUAUUUCUGGGGCUGUUUGAAGAAAAUUAACUACUGUGUUUAGAAAUCGUAAUUUUUAGAAAAAUUAUUGGAUUUGGUCAUAGAUUGUUCAUAAUUGCACAAGUUCCGGAGAAAAAAUCUGCACCCAAGUGGACUUGGGAAAAGUGAAUCCAGUUGUUAGAGAUGUCAAUUUUGAAUAUGAUAUUGAUUUGGACGGAAAUCAAGAUGUUUGUAAUGAUAAUCAUCGAUUCUCUUCGAAUUUUUGA